ACCAAGCUCGAUCUACGAGACAAUUUCCGAGAAUUUCCAGCGACGUACUAGUACGAGGAACAGGAUGCUUUCCGUUAAUAUUAUAAUAUUUUCACCGGGGUGUUACGUGUGAUCUGCUAAUAGGGGCGAAAAGGCUUUCACGAGACAGCAACUGCAAAAUACGUGUAACGAGAUCUCAGCUUCUCCCUAUGUAUGCGACUCUUUGGACGAGGACAUUUGUCCCCUUGCCUAUUCUGAAUGCGAUAAAUAUCAAGUCUGAGUGCGAAAAAUAUCAAGUCCUGGAGCCCAAUGGGAAAAAUUCCCGAACCAGAGAGACUGAACACAGGGAAGGAAAGUAAAGAGAAACAAGAUAACAGAAGGGCCGGGAAAAUGGAAGAUGGUCUACUAGGAGCUGAAAGCCUGGAGCAUUCCAUGAACCUCACUCCAAAAGGAGGCUCCAAAGAGGUAGAUGAUCGUAAAGAAGAAGAUGAUAAGAAAGAAAAUGAAGCUAAAGGAGGAGAAGAAAGGCCAAGUGGAUUUAUAAACCAUCUUCUCUCUAACUUGGUGUCUGGAGGGGAAGGUCAAGAAGAAAAGGCAGGUGAAAAAGUUGAUGAAGAGAAGAGAGGCAUCGUGAGUGAGGAGGGUGUUGAUCAUGAAGAUAAGGGAGGUGGGUUUAUAAGCCAUCUUAUCUCCAACUUGGUCUCUUCUCAUAGUCCGAAAGCAGGGAAAGAUAGGGAACAAAAGGUGGAAGCUUUCGAAGGUGACAAUGGGGGCUCUAAAGCAGAGGAAGAUGCAGGUAGUGAUAGUAAUGGUGUAGGGCUCCGGAAAGGGAAGUCAAAAGAGAAGAGUGGUGGUGGAGGUAUCAUCGAAAACCUAGUCUCCCACUUGCCUGCUCCACUUCAAGGUUGCUGUUGCGUCUAUUGCGAUGCUUUGGGUCGGUUUCUCGUGAGUAGGUUAAGCUAUACUGCCAAGGCGGACAUGAUGGCAGUAGAACCCCAGAAUCUCUGCACUGCAGCAAUGGGGUUUUGCAAGGUUUUACAGAGCAGGGGAGGCAUAUGCAUUACCAGAGCCUCGACUUCCAGAGCCAAACAUAACGACAACCACAAUGCCUUGUAGGACGGUUGACACCAGCCAAAACUAUCAGAAAGCGAUGGGGAAAAAAAUGUCGCCUUUGUGAUUGAAGCUGAAGAGGAGAGAGCCCCGAAAUAUGUAUUCAUGCAAUGAAUAGAAAUUUGUGGAGGAGUUGACAAAACUAAAAAUAUAACUCAUUAAUAUAACACAUUCUGCCAUUGUUACAGCUGAGAUCAAUCCUCAUAUGUCACAAAGAAGUUUGAUGUAUUUUGCCGUAACAAGUCUUAUUCUCUCGGAUUUUUCACUCUUAACCAUCUUCACCUAAACAGUUUCUAUAUAUAAAACCACCCGAGAACUCAGCAGUACGGAGUAGACUACAAC